ACCCUAUCCAAUGAUGAUAAAGACCCAGGUUUUAGCUAUGCGUUUUGGCGUACUCCACCCGAUCAAAAAGAGGCCUUUGCGACCGUGACACAUGUGUGAUGGUGCCAUGAUCUCACCAUCGGCUCCUAUCCAAAGUCAAAUGCUUGAUUCAUUUGUGAACAACCAGUAAACAACUAGUAUUCAGGGAUAGAAGAACCUGAUCAACCGACUGAGGCCAUAACACUGCCUAAUUCACAAAGGGAGUGAUAGCAUCCUCCCUCCUUUCCACGGGCCCAACACCACCGUUUUCUGGGGAGCCAUCGCGAAGGCCUCACCUAGGUACCUAAGCAUCGCGAAUCCUCGUGUCUUUAAUGUCGUCUCUACACUGCCUGCCUAAGCAAUAAUAAGUAUGGCGUCGCAUUAAACGUCGCCAUGAGGCCCCUACGAUGGAUGGCGGCCGCCAUCUUAGCCCUGUGGUACCUGGGCCUAGCUUCAGGUGGUGUCAUCCAGAGAAACGACAUCAUCAAACCCAAAAUCAUAAUCAUCAGCAUGGUAAACAAACACACCUCCACCUCCUUACACCUCCCCCGACCCCCAACAUCUCGAACAAGACUAACCCACCCACCGACCACCAGUUCACCCCCGAAGCCGAAAUCUGGCAUCACAACCUCCCGACAACCUCCCCACAACCAACCCCCCACCCCCCCGCUCGGCGACCUCCUCGCCCUCAACAUCACCCUCCCAGCCCUCUCCAUGAUCCACCCCACCGUCCACUGCACCUUCACCGGCGAAAUCUGCCAACUCACCACCGGCGAAGGCAAGAUCAACGCGGCCGCCAUCCUCACCGCGCUAACCCUCUCCCCCCAAUUCGACCUGCGACAGUCCUACUUCCUCGUCGCGGUCAUCUCGGGCAUCGCGGGCGUCGCGGGCGUCAACCCCGCGGCGGAGCGACGCUGGGCGGCGUGGCGCUGGUGCGGUUCGCCGUGCAGGUGGCGCUACAAGCACGAGUUUGGCGCGCGCGAGAUGCCGGCGGGGCUUGAGACCGACUAUGUAUGUGGCGUUUGGGCCCGCGGCGCCGUAUGCGUAUCCGGUGAUUCUGUGUAUGGGACCGAGGUGAUGGAGGUGAAUGGGGCGUUGAGGGAUCGGGCGUUUGAGUUCCAGUUGCGCGGAGGGGGGUUCGGAGGUACAUCGGUUUGUGGUGGGGGUUGGGGGGCCGAGGUGGUCAAGUGCGAUACCGCGACGAGUGAUAGGAUCACGGAGGCGCAGGAGGAUAAUGUCACGCUCGAGGUGCUGGUGAGGAUGGCGGUGCAUGGGCUGGUGGACCGGUCCAACUUUGACCGCCCGGCCCCAGACGUCACCCCAUACGACCACCUUCUAGGGCGUCAUCAGAAUGGUUUCGAUAUUGCCAUCGAGAACAUCUUCCGCGCUGGGAUCGAGGCCGUGAAACGCAUCCUCGAGGACAGGGACGGCCUCUUCCUCAAAGGCAUUCCGGCUCCCAACUACAUAUGGAAAGACGGUCGCAGGGGAUGGUUUGACGCAUCCACCAAAGGUCCUGUCGUGGUCGUGGUGGGAUAA